CAAAAUUCGAGAUUGAAAAUCCACCGCUUACUAAAUUAAACUUCGGACGCAGGUUUUUACUUGGCUAGACUUCUUCACUUCUCUAGAAUCAGACACUGCAUCUCAUCAUCUGCUUACGAAGUUGAAGAGGCGACAAAGGCUGCUUCACACCUACUGAUGACAUGCUAGUGUAUUUCAAGAGGUACUUGUCAGCUAGCUAUUCAUGAAGAUAUAUUUUAAAGCCAUAAAUUUAAGAACCGCUUUUGAGUUGUUUACUCGUGUGCUCCUCUACAGUAGAGCAGGGCUUAGUUGUCAAGUAAAUAAUAUGGCAGAGCCAAAGCUUAUUGUUUUUGAUUUAGAUUAUACGCUGUGGCCUUUUUGGGUGGACACACAUGUUGAUCCACCUUUCCACAUGACAUCUGAUGGUAAAGUCUAUGACUCUCACAACCAUCAUGUGAAGUACUACAAGGAUGUCCCAGAGAUUCUUAACUCGCUGCAUAACUCAGGAGUUAAACUUGCAAUAGCUUCACGUACCUGUGCUGUAACUGAAGCUUCAGAUCUCACUCGUCUCUUUAAAUGGGACCAGUAUUUUGAUUACAGGCAAAUCUAUCCAGGGAGCAAGAUAACACAUUUUAAAAAACUACACGUGAUGAGUGGUAUUGCUUAUGAAGAAAUGCUAUUCUUUGAUGAUGAACAUAGAAAUAUAGCUGAUGUUUCAUCAUUAGGGGUUGCCUGUCAGCUUGUCCCUCAAGGAAUCAACAAAGAAUCGUUCCAGACAGGCUUGCAACUUUACAGAAGAUUAAAGGAUAAACGAGAAGCCAGCUCUAGAUAACUAGAACUUUAUUUUAGCAUUUAAUAUGUCAAGGGGUUUGAUAUUAUAAUAAGAUAAUUCUAUGAUGUUUAUGCGUUUAUAUUUAGAAUGGUUGAAGUUAUCAUGUCAUUGGUUUAUCAAUCAUACUUUCUGUGAUAAGUCUUUAAUUUGCUAUUUUGUAAAUAGCAUUCAGAAUAUUCUGGGAUGGAUGUUCCUUGCGCAUUUAAAUGAAGAUUUUUCUGUUUCAUGUUAAAGUAUUUAUUAACUCAACUUCAAAAACUAAAAUUAGCCACUUUCAGAAAAAAGAUUUAUUUUUAAGAUCUUAAUUUUAAGACCUUGUUAAAGUUUUGAAAGUAUAUUGUAUCACUUGUUGAAUUCUUUGUUAUGGAAUCUGGCACACGGUUGAGAUCUUUAUCUCGUGAAUAUACAAGUUGAAAUAUGAUCUGAGAAAUAAAAUAUUGUUUUUAUAAAUAGGCAUGUAGCAUGUCUUAGAGCUCUAUAUUCUGACUUUUUUCAAUUUGGAUGGAGCCGUAAAUUAAUCCUGUUAUGAUUAUAGAUACCGGUGUCCGAUAAUGGAAUCUCCUUUAAAAAAGGAGUGUUGGUAGUUAGUAGUUAGUAUUAUUGUAAUCUCGACUAAUGUAAUUUUAUGUUUAGAAAUCCUGUUUAAAUCUAAAAUUUAGAGUAUCAAUAGAACGGGUAUAGGACAAAAGGCCGGCAUGGAUAAUAGUCCAACAGGGCAUGAGACAAACUAUAAGGCUGUCUUUAAAAAGGCCAAAAGAGUUGACAAAGAUGGAAAUCAUAAUAUCACAGAAUAUGGGUUACUACGUAGCUCUCCUACAGACAACCAUCAAAAAAACAAAUGCCAUGGCAUU